AGUUUGGCUGAAAUAAAUUUGGAUCUAGCAGCCUCAUGGCAUGCACCGCAAACAAGCUAUGCGUCCGGACGCAGAUGCCGGUCAAGUCGUUGUCGCUGACAGAAGCCUUGCGCUGGCUUCUACACAUGCUGCAUAAGCCAGUGCCUCCACUGGGGCCUCUAGGGGUUGUCUCCAACGUGAAGGCCACCAGAGCCCACACGAAGACAUCCAUCUACAGGCUGUCCUGCAACUCGGAGUUCAUCAUCACAGAGGUGCAUCCUGAGCUUUGCCGCUUGCUGCGCUAUGAUCCAAAAGAAAUGGUUGGUAUGAGCAUUUUGGAGCUGAUGUCACCAGUCGUGGCCGAUGCUCAUGCAGCCAUCUUCCGGAGCCUCAAGAGCGCGGGCGCGACCGAAAGGAGACUAGCCGUACGUCGAGGGCAACUUCACUGCCGCGAUAGCAUUGUGUUGGAUGUGGACAAGAAGCCUGUAGCCUGCCGACUGUCGGUACAGCUGCGCAUGGACUUGUCAUCUGAAAUUGUGUUUGAUGAAGUCCGUGGAAAGCUGCCGUACUCUGUGCCGCGGGGUUUUGGACAAUACAUCAAGCAAGAGCCAGCUCUCCAUUUGGUCGAUGCCCAGGAAGUUGCUUGCAUUAUGACCGACUUGGCCAAUACUACCAGAUUCUCUUGUCGGCAGCCACCACGAGUCAUGGCAGAGCUUCUCCACAAGGUCUAUGUGACUGCCAAUGCGGUAGUCGAAAGAGAGGCACUUCCUUACGUCUACAUCCAUGAGAUUGUUGGAGAUAGCCUGCUGUUGUUGUGCAAUGCGGAAUUCAUGGGUCGCUUUCCGGGCCGGACAGCAGCAAUUGGCAUCUACGUUGCCAGCAAGGUGCAGAAAGCAGUUGACGAGAUGCUUAAAUCUUUCGCAAGCGACCAUGACAUGUAUUUGAGAGUUGGUAUCGCCUCUGGCCCUUUAUGUGCCGGAGUUGUAGAUGGACGAAGUUUCCGUGUUUUUGGCUCAACGAUCCACCUCUCGCAGCGUUUGGAGUCGAUGUGCCCCCGAUCACAGAUUGCUUGCUGCUCGAACUUUGCUUCCCAGCUUCGGGAACAGGUGGGCCGAGAUAGCAUGCGACUCAGCGAGUGCACCGCCGAAUUGAAGGGCUUGGGCCAGGUAGACUACACAGUCGUCGACUUCCUGGGAAACGACCUUCCAGGCCAGAAUCUGGAGUUGCCAUGAGGCUGAAUGCAUGCAUGUGCCGAUUGAAGCUGCCAAUAGCACAUCAAUCCGCAACAACGUUAAUUCAAGAGAAGUCUUGGGAAUGCAACCCUCCCAGCUCGCGAUGGCAGACCGCCACAUGAAUACGUAGCGAUAGCUGUGAGGAGUUGAAGGGGACUGGCUGGGCUUUUCGAGAACACUGGAACCUGAGAGACUCGGAG